UGGUACCAGGAUGCUGAGAAGGCUGAGCCUGGAGCCAGCAAGAAGGAGUCCGGGUCCUCUCUGGAGCAGGUCCUCAAAGAGACCUCCCGAGAGAUGGUUGCUCGCUCCGCUGCCACCCUCAUCACCCACCCCUUUCACGUGAUCACCCUGCGCUGCAUGGUGCAGUUCAUCGGCCGGGAGACCAAGUACAGUGGGACACUAAGCGCCUUUGCCACAAUUUACCGAGAAGAGGGCAUCCUGGGCUUCUUCGCCGGCCUCGUCCCCCGGCUCCUCGGGGACAUCCUUUCGCUCUGGCUCUGCAACAUGCUGGCCUACCUCAUCAACACAUACGCGCUGGAGAACGGGGUCUCAACCAUGACUGAGAUGAAGAGCUACUCGCAGGCAGUCACUGGGUUCUUCGCUAGCAUGCUGACCUACCCCUUCGUGCUGGUGUCCAACCUGAUGGCUGUGAACAACUGCGGGCUAGCUGGAGGUCUUCUUCCCUAUGCACCCACCUACUCCUCCUGGCUGGACUGCUGGAGCCAGCUGCACAGGGAGGGCAACAUGAGCCGAGGGAACAGCCUGUUCUUCCGCAAGGUGCCCGCAGGGAAGCGAUACGUGUGGGAGGAGAGGAGGUUUCGCUGAAGCAGGAG